AUGCCCGUACUGCACUAUGUCUGUCGUACGGAGGAGACACUUCAGUACCAUCGGCGCGGGAGCCAUCAAAAAGAAGAACCCUCCCUAAGCUGCCAGCGCUUCUUUGUCACUGGCAAAGCUAGUCAUUUCUUCGAGGUGACCCCGCGGGUUCAGGCGCAGCGCAGCCAGGAGCUGUUCCAGAUCGGGGAAGCGGAUUUUGUUCAGGCCCAGGUCUAUCGGCAGCUCCAGGGCUCACAGGGGCAGGUCGAAGACGACGAGGCUAUCAUCCCGACCACGAAGGAUACAACUGAGUGUUCCCCCUGGCUUGAGCUCACACGCCGGCCGGAAUGCGUCGGGGGCUAUCGAUUCGAUGAGGUAGCCCCUUUAGGAUCAUUACCCGAUCUAAGCCAGGAGCCCCUCCUCGUCAUCGUUGAGGGUAGCAUCGAGCGCCUGAUUGACUGUCAGAACUAA